AUGAAAUCAGUGCUAUCAAUUCAAUCUCAUGUGGUACAUGGAUUUGUAGGAAAUAAAGCUGCUAUAUUCCCAUUACAAACACAAGGGUGGGAUGUUGAUAAUAUAAAUACAGUUGAUUAUUCAAAUCAUACUGGUUAUGGUUCAUUUUCAGGUUCUACAUUAUCGCCAGAUGAAUUAAAAUCAAUAUUCCAACAACUUAUAAAUCUAGAUAUUCAUUAUGAUGCUAUAAUAACUGGAUAUAUACCAAAUUCACAGUUGAUAAGGAUUAUAAAUGACUUCAUUAGAGAGUACAAGCUUUCACAUCCUCAUUUGAUAUAUUUACUUGAUCCAGUCAUGGGUGAUAAUCAUUAUUUAUACGUAGAUAAAUCCUGUGUAUCAGAAUAUCAAGAAAUUUUGAAUAAUAAAAUAGUGGAUAUAAUAACUCCAAAUCAAUUUGAAUUGGAAUUAUUGACGAACAUUAAAAUAGAAUCAAAAUUUAACCUAGUUAAAGCUAUAAAUUAUUUACAUGAUCAUUAUAAUAUUUCAAAUGUGGUGAUCACUUCAGUUGUUGAUGUAUUUGAAGAUGAUUUAAUACAUUGUAUUGCAUCAGUAAAGAAUCAAGAAAAAAAAAUUGAGUUUAGAAUACCUACUAUUAAAUCAUAUUUUACUGGUGUUGGAGAUUUAUUUUCUGCUUUAACAUUAGAUAAAUAUUACAAGAUCCAGAAUAAAGAUGGAACCGAGAGGUUAUCAAUCGCUAUAAAUCAAGUACUUACAAUUAUGGAAAAGACAUUAAAAUUAACCUCAAGUAUGAGUAAUAAAGAUCUAGUAGGUAAGAUUAACGAUGCAAAUAUGAAAUAUUUCGAAUUGAAAAUUAUUGAAUCAAGAAAGUUUUAUGAUAUUAACGAGUCAAACUUUAUAGAAUAUAAUAUAGAUUAA